GGCUGUUUGUGUGUGUGAAAAAAAAAAACGAUUGAAUGAAUCGGCUGCUGACCUUUCGUAACUGUCAAAUGCGGAAAUUGGUUAAUUCCACCGUAAAAUCGUAAAUACAUUUUUCUACAGAAAUGUCUAAUAUUAACAUUAAUAAGUGACUAAACCGCCGUAGCUGUGAGCAACUGUGAUAUAAGUAAUACGAAUAAAGUGCUGUUAUGAAUAGAGUUUAAAUUAUUGUUAGUGUGAACGUUUGGGCGUUUUGUUAUUUUUCUACUUUAUUACGAGUUAAAAAUGGAAAAGAACAAGGAAUAUCACGACCCGGAUUACCCGGAGGCCUCGGUGCGGGUGAAGGUGGAGGCUCUCAGCUUGUCAGAGGAGGAAAAAGAAGAGAAGAUAAGAAGCAUAAUUGAGAGGGAGUUUAAAAACGAAAUCGAUGUUCGUGAGAAUGAAGUGAUGCUGGCUGAUCAGCGCAUGGCCACGGCGCGCAGGAUGCUGCACCGGCUGCGCUGCGUGCUGGUCUCGCGGUAUUAUCGUGACAAGAAACUGCAGCUACCUGAAGAGCCUGAGUCGUCAUCAUCACUACGCAGCGGGCAGCGACGCCUUCACCCCUCCGUGAGGAAGCUCCUCGGUAAAACCACGGCUGAUAUAGAGGAGAUCUUCAGACCGCUGGCCACCAGGAACAAGAGGAGAGAUUACUCUGCAAUGUUACAAGCCCGCAACUACACGAUCCCGGCGUCGGGCGCGCGCUCGCUGCGACCCGGGGGCGGGGAUGCCCGCGAGGAGCGCGAGGAGCCCGCCGCUCCGCCGCAGCCCCGCCCCACCAGGCCGCCAAGACACAUCGAGCCGAGACCCGAGAACGUUCUCACUUUAGACGAGGUUACGAGAAACAAGAUGAAACACCGCUAUAGGAUCAUUAUUGGAAACACAUCAAAAUACGCCCCGGCGGCGUCCAGCAUGGACCGCUCCACCCACAAGUGGUUGCUGUACGUCCGCGGCCCCACGGGCCGUGACGCGUCCAGGCUGCUGCGCGCCGUGGUCGUGACGCUGCAUCACUCGUACGCGCCGCACCACAUUGUGCAUAUAGAUAAACCACCGUACCACAUAUCGCGGCGCGGCUGGGGCGAAUUCCCGGCCAGAGUGGAGCUGCACUUUAAGCUGCCCGACCGGAACCGACCCGCCACCGUGGAACACACUAUAAAAUUGGACAGACACUAUACUGGACUGCAGACACUAGGUGCAGAAACGCUAGUAGACGUCUGGUUAUACAGUACUCCGGACAUGCUGGAGUGUGAAUACAAGGAGGAGCAAGAGGCCCUGCCAGAACCCGCCCCGGUGCCCAAACAGGAACCCGUGGAACCAGAGCCCGAACCACCGGCACCCGACAGCUGGCUGGACUUCUUCACGGAGAACACUAAGCUGGAUGUCGAUGAGAUGAUUAUUAAACCGGAGAAGAAGCAGGACAACCAUAUAGAAACCCACCUGGACUUAGACAACCACAUAGACCAACACAUGGACUUGGAACCAAAGGACAUUAAACCAGACAUUUUCGACCUUGAAAACUCCAUCAAAAUGGAAAACGACCACGUGGACUGGUCGAACGACAAAACCAUAGAAAACCCUUCCGAAACCAUACCAAACGAAAUACUGAACCAGCCCGCGUCACCCAAGAAACGAAUCAUGAAAUAUCUAGACCCGAAAACAGGGAAAAUAUAUUAUCUAGAAAUGGAUAGGAACUUAGAUCUAAGCAAAGUGCAAGAAAUAGUAAUCAACUCUAAAGGGAACAUGAAAACGGCGAAAUUAAGUCCUGUAAAGCAGAACGGAGUGAAAAAAGUCAAAAAAGGUGUUUCUUUAUUGAAGCCAGAAGUUAAAAACUUGAUAAAUAAUAAGGAAAAGCUAAAGAAGAAUUUUACACAUAUACAAAACGAUCAUUGUUAUUUAGGAGUGACGUGGGCGAAGAGUAUAACAUUCAGUGCUCCGGACAAGGAAGUGUUAGUGAAAAAAGAAAGUAAUCUAUACGAUAGUUUGUGUGCGUGUGUGAGUAGGUUUACCUGUGUGCGCGUGGCGGUGAACUAUCUGCUUCGCAAAGUGCCGAUAGUGACGGAGCUGGCGAGAGACCCGGACUUUAAGAAGUGCUUCCCGUUUGCAGUGGACAGCGAUGAGAGGUUUUGGAAGAUGGACUUUGCUAAGCGGAGAAAUAAAGAGUGGUCAAGAGCAAAGCUAAUCAACACAAUCCUCACGGAACACUUCCGCACCACCGAACCGAUCUGGCGCACCAAGCAAAUCCUCAUCUUCUCCCGUCUCCACGGAUACCAGCCCGUCCGGAAAGACAGCUUCUCCACCGACUACUGGGACAACACGGAGAUUAAUAGUGACCCGGCCACUAUUAGUGUGUUUAACCCGGAGGAUUUCAAUAAGAGUUUGACGGAUACAGUGGAUGUUUCGGACGAUGAAGAUGUUGAGGUGGUAGGGGAAGUGCCGUCUCGUGUGGGGGUGAAGAAAGAGGAACCGUCGGGCCUCGCCGUGAUGCCGGUGGAGACGGAAGAGGACAGACUGCGGUUCCUCUUUCUGGAGCGGACGUGCGCGGACAUAGGCGUAGAGUUGAGGAACGAAGACGUCGGCAAUGGAUACUCAUAUAGCGCGGUACACGCCGUCCUCCUGUCAGCGCUGCGGAGCUUCGCCGAGGAGCUGGUCCGCAGCGCGCACGCGGCCGCCGCGCUGCACGCCAGCGCGCCGCCGCCGGACCAGGGGCCCAGCGUAUGGACCGGCUGGGCGUCGGGCACGGCGGUGACGCCGCGCUGCGUGGCUUGCGGCGCGGCUGGGGCGAGGCUCGCGGCGGUGACCGGCCGGGACUGCGGCCAGCCCAGGAAACAUACCAACGAACAAUUAUAA